AUGUAACCACUUUGUGAUCCAGCAUAGGAUAGAGUAGUCAAGUAAGUUCCUUUACCACCUCAUCGUCCUUUAGAUAAUGAUCUGAUGUUUCCAGCCAAGAAUUAAGGUAAUAGAAACAUAUUGAUCAUAGGUAAACCUGACUGGAAACUCAUUAAGGAACAUUUAGAAAGAGAGGGGAGAAUUGCAAAAAAGGAAGUAAUAAAAUUAGUAACAAUGGCCAACAAAAUCUUUAGUAAGCAAUUGUUAAUUAUAGUAAAGAGAAUGAGGGUAGUUUGAUACAUUUGUCAGAUCCUUUAACUGUAGUCGGAGAUAUACAUGGGUAUGUUGAAAAUAAUAGUUUAGACAAUUUUAUGAUUUUCUUAAAAUACUUGAUAUUGGAGGUAAUCCUGAAGCAUAAAAAUAUGUGUUUUUGGGUGAUUAUGUAGAUAGAGGACCAUUCUCUAUAGAGGUGUUAAUUUUGUUGUAUUCACUAAAAAUCAAUUAUCCACGAACUAUCUAUAUGUUGAGAGGCAAUCAUGAAUGUAGAUAAUUAACAUCAUUCUUUAACUUUAUGGAUGAAUGCAAAUACAAGUAUGAUUAAGAAUUGUAUGAUGUUUUUAUGGAUUCAUUUGACAAUCUUCCAUUAGCUUGUAUUAUUAAUAAUUAAUUCAUUGCACUUCAUGGAGGGAUCUCUCCAGAAUUAAGAAAUGUAUAAUAUUAUUCAUAUCGAGGUUACUGAUGUCAAUUUGGUUGAGAGAUUUAGGGAACCACCUAAAAAUGGACUAUUCUGUGACAUCCUUUGGGCAGAUCCUGUAGACAAUGAUGAUGGAAUUUGUGAAGGAUAGUUUAGAAUUAAUGAAGUUAGAGGCUGUUCUUACUUUUAUGGAAUGGAAGCAGUCAGCAGAUUUUUAGAAAGAAAUAAGUUGAUAUCUGUCAUUAGAGCUCAUGAAGCAUAAUUAGAAGGAUAUAAAAUGCAUAGAUGGGAUGGAGGAUAAGAUUUUCCUAUGGUAAUUACAAUAUUUUCAGCUCCUAAUUAUUGUGAUGUCUACAAUAAUAAAGGUGCUGUCAUCAAAUUCAAAGUAUAUAAUUAUUUAAUUUCUUUAGAAUAAUGAUCUCAAUAUUCAAUAAUAUAAUUAUAGUUAACACCCAUAUCUAUUACCUAAUUUCAUGGACAUCUUCACUUGGUCUAUUCCUUUUGUUGCAGAAAAAGGUUAUUCUUAUUUUAAUUAUUGUAGUCACUGAAGUAUUGUUCCAUAUCAUACAACCUAGAGAUGGAGAAGCUAUGGAUGAGAUAGUAGAUGAAGAUGAUAUUGCUAAAUUUAAAGAAUUAGUAGGAGAUUAACAACAUAAAAAUAAAGAUGUUUUUUUGAAAAGCAAAAUCAAAUUUGUUUUUAGAAUGAUGCAAAUUUAAAAAGGAUUAAGAUAACAAAGUGAAAGUUUAGUCUAAACUAAAGGUGCUUGUCCUGAUAGCCGUAUACCUAAAACACUUUUAGAUAGUAUUAAAGAUUGUAAAAAUUAUUAUAUAUAUAAUAUUAGCAAAUGGUGCAUUUUAGACUGCUAAAAUGGCUGACUCUAUCAAUGAGAAAAGACCUGGACUAAGUUAAUGAUA